AUGCCCUACAACCGCCUCGCAAUCUACGGCCACCGCGGCUGGUCCAGUUCCGCCAUUGCCCAAGCCCUCCUGACCUCCGGCGCCCCAGCAAAACUCCUCUACAAACCCAGUUCCAACUCCAACGGAUUAACCGGGUCCUUUUCCGAAAUCGAAGUAGACAUUCAAGACCAGGAUGCUCUGCGGGCAGCCCUGAAGGAUGUUGAUAUUUUGAUAUCUCUGGUUGGCAGGGAAGCUAUCCCCCUCCAACACGCUUUUAUCAAAGCAAUCCCGCAUACAGACGUUAGGCUAUUCGUCCCGUCGGACCUGGCGUUUCGCUGUGACGAGCAGGGUCUGAAGAUUUCGGUUAACAAGGAUAAAGAUGAUGUUGAGCGUGCGGCGAGGGAGGCUGGUAUUGCGACGACGGUGAUUUUGCCGUGCGUUUUUGCGGAGUCCGGUUUGAAUACUGGAUUGCUAGGUGUGGACGUGGAGAAAAACCGCAUUGUAUUCGCCGGAGACGCAAAGAACCAGAUUCUAAACGUCUGUACCCGUUCAUACGUCUCAAAAGCCUACUCAAACCUCUUUGCAAAAACCCCAAUCCCCACCCUGCAAAACCGCACCAUAGCCCUUUCCGAAAUCCGCACCACAGGCGCGGAAAUAGCCACCGCGCUAGAGAAAAAGCACGGCACUACUCCGCAAAUCUUCCGUCAGAGUUUGGCCGAGGUUGAUCGGCAGAUUGAGGAGUGUGUGAGUAGUGGGAGGCCGGCGUUGGGGUGGUAUUGUCGGCGGAGAUGGGGGGCGGGCGAGUGUGUGGAGGCAUUGGGGGGGUGA